ACAAAUUGGGCGGGUGCCUUUGCUUAUGAAUCAUCCGAACUGAAUUUCAGAGCCCUAAAUAACUCUCCGUACAAUUUCACUGCGAGAAGACGAAGAAGAGCAUGAGCAACGAUAAACAGUUCGAAUUCUGCGUUGUUUGCAAGCUCAAUCACAAUCAAAGACGCCGCCAUAACUUCCUCCCUAACCACAAGAAGUCGCUCGCGGCGGUGCUCUCCCGUUUCCAAUCGAAGCUUUCCGAUAUCCGGUUCUUCCUAAAAAACCCUAUCCCUCUGCGCCCUGAGCAUGCUUCGCUUAAUCGACUUUGGUGUAUCUUCUGCGAGUGUGAUAUACUUGAACUCGACAGCUUCUACGCUAGUGACAAUGCGAUUAGGCAUUUGUCUGGUGCGGAUCAUAUGAAGAAAGUUAAAGGUUUUUUGUGGAAGUAUGGUGGUGGAAUGGACAAGGUUGAUACUCUUCGGAUUACAGAGACUGACUUCGCCAAGUGGGAGAAGAAGUGCAAUCUUUCGAAGAAGGGAGCUCUUGAUGGAGGAUCUCGUGCAACGUCAAUUGGACCGUCAAAUGAUAUCCAAAAUAAAACUAACUCUGACUAUCUAAAUUGUUUUGAAAAAGAUAAUAUUCAUGCUCUUAACGUUGAUGUUUCAAAUAGUGUUGUACCUUUACAAAAUUAUACGAAUGAGAGAUCACAGAUAUUUGAAAACAAAAUGCAUAGUGUUACAAAUGGCCCUAAUAUGCGCAGUACAUGCAUGGGCGUACAACUCGGUGAAGAUGCUUGUUCCUCCAGUGGCGUAUCAAAUGCCCAAAAGAUCUUGGGGUUUCAUGCCACAGCUUCUCACCAAUGUCUUAAUGGAGGUUCUGUAACUUCGGAUGGAAGAAUGACAAAGGGGAUGAAGAGUUCUCUGGGUACACCAAGCAUUACCCAGAUAUCUUUAACGUUUCAAGAAGAUUCCCUUGGCAAUGUUCAUUCUGGAGCACCUCCUCCGUGGUUCAAUGUGGCGGAAAAAAGUCAGCUAGAUUUUAUAUCAAAUCCCGGAAGGAGUGACCCCUUCCCUCCCAAUCAGAAGAAGUCGAAACUAAACCCAAACCGGGUUGGUGCUGCUUGGGCAGAGAGAAGAAGAGUUGAACUGGAGUUGGAAAGUAAAGGGGAGCUCGUGACAAACACUUUCGAUGUGAACUGGCUCCCAAAUUUUGGCAGAGUUUGGCAAUCAGGUACUAGGAAGGAAUCUAGAAAAGAAUUUCAGCUGGGGAAUCACAAAUCUUCUGAGGUUGAAAGCCAAUCCCAGAGUAUGGUGCAGUUACAGCCUUAUGUCAGCAAGCGAAAGCACAAAGAUCCUGUUGAUGAUGAGCUUGACUGACCUGCUCUCUAUGGUGACCAAAUUAUGAAAAUUCAUGUGUACAUUCUUCUUGAUUUGCUCUCCCCACCCAAACUAUCAUUUUUUAUGCUUUUUGGGUUUCCCAUGUGGUAUGAGUUGGGGUAACUAGAUUAUAGUAAAGUUCAUGAUCAAGUUAUUAAAACCUGUAAAUUGUUGUCAUGUUAAUUUUUCCUAAUGAGAUCUUGGUUCUAGCAAAAUUUUGGGCACAAGUUGCCUAUGUACAGUCUGUUUCUUGUAUUAAUGCCUUUAGUUGGCUCAAAGUUC